AUGACCUACACUAGGAAACAAGUCGUGACUUGCCUCAGCGUGCUGUAUCUCAUCAUCGCGACCACACUGGCAGCAUACGCCGCCUCGCGGGCAAACGCGCGCUCCAUCCCAAUCUCAGACACGCUGACGAGCUUUGCCACUGCUUUGCCCGUUGUUUCUGGCCUGCUGCUUGAAUGUGGCUAUGACUUGACUCGUCGCGAGGAACGCCGCAAGAAGCUGGGUCGGGGAGACAUUCAACGUCCGCCCCUCGUCAUCAUUGCCAACACCCUCAUCUUCAUUUACUCGAGUGUUGUCGUUACACUGCUUGGCACUCACGCCGCGCCACCUUCUGCACUCAACUGUGGCUUACGCGAGCGGUGGCAGACCCUAUUCAGAGGCAAGGAAGCGGAUGCCAUCAGAGCCAUCCAAGAUGCCUUUCAAUGCUGCGGUCUCACCAAUUCCCACGACAUGGCCUGGCCCUUUCCAGAUAAAUCCCACGACCAACGCGCAUGUGAAAAUAUGUUUGGAAGAACCACUGGAUGUCUAGGAGCGUGGAAAGCUGAGGAACAGCGUAUUGCUGGCAUGCUGAUCGGCGUCGUAGGCAUGGUGUUUAUCUGGCAGUUUGCAAUCAUCGCCAUACCCACGCAGCGCGAGUCGUGGCUUCACAAGGUCGCACCCGAUCGCAUUUCGCGCAUGAUUGCGGAUGAGCGACACGGCGAUACCGAGCCUCGUCGCGCGAUUGACUACGUUCCAGCCUUCAAUCGUUACUCGGAUCGCGUAGAGGAAGAGGAAGAGCAAGACGGGGAUGUGGAUCAUGCACGAGCUAUCGAGGCUGACAACAACCGGAUCAACAACACCUUUUCUGGCGGUCUUGGACGCGAGCAGCAACCUGCCGUUGAAAAUGAGUGGGCGAGAAAUUGA